CGUGUGCCCGGUACCUACCCUUGUGCCCGCUGAGCGCUGCUCGUUCGGUAACGUUUCUCUCGACAGUCAGACGGCCAAUCAAUCCUAGCAAAUCAUGGGUCAGGCAACCACCAUUGUUGCAGACAGCGCCGCCGCCGCCACCAUCGUUUCUCCUUCUCCACUCAUGUCAUCAUCCUCGUCUUCGCGCAGUUUAACAGUGCUUAGUCCUUCGAAAUCUUCAAGUGCAUCCUUAUCUCAACAAAAGGUCACUAUUGAUGUGGAGUUUAUCGAUGGUUUAACAAAUGCUAAGGCCAAAUUACAUCCCAGAUCUUACAAGUCGGUCGACUUUGCAAGAGACCUUCUAGCUAUUUUGGUGGCUUUGCGUGUUCCAGGGUGGCACAACACACACGUAACCGCCGAGUUGCUCGCCAUCAACAAGGUCUCUGGUUCUCUCACCAAUACUAUCUACUUUGUUUCUUGCCCUGCUGUUGCUGUCGUUCCUACACUCUUAUUGCGCAUCUAUGGCCCAUCAUCCGGCUCUCUCAUCUCUCGCUCUCACGAGUUGCGCAUGCUUCACAUUCUCUCGUCUCGAUGCCAUUUUGGUCCUCGUAUAUAUGGUACAUUUGCAAACGGUCGCAUUGAAGAGUACUUCGAGUCUGUUACGCUAGUUCCAUCAGACCUUCGCGACAAGAAGAUCAGUCAAUGGAUAGCUUCGCGCAUGGCUGAACUCCAUUCUGUAGACAUUAGUGUGGUAGAGGGUCCACUCACAGUCAGUGCUCUUGAGGGAAAGGGUUGGGAGAUUGGAGUCAAGAAAAAUGUUAAGGCGUGGAUGCCAGUCGCCCGAGAGGUCUUGGGUCUCCACUGUGUAUCUGAGGCCACUCGUCAAACACUUAACAUGGACCACUUUUAUGAACUUUGGAUGCGUUACUUACGCUGGCUUUCUCACGUCGAGAAGAUAGAGGGGGCAGGCCAACGUGUUUUUGCGCACAAUGAUACGCAGUAUGGCAACAUACUGAGGUUGACUGGUCCACUUCGUCAGGAUAUUCCCGAGCACCACCAGCUUAUUGUGGUGGAUUAUGAAUACGCAUCGCCUAACCCAGUGGCGUUUGACAUUGCUAAUCACUUCCACGAGUGGACAGCUGACUAUCGUUCAUCAAACCCGCAUCUUCUGGAUCCAAGUCGGUAUCCGACAAUGGAAGAACGUCAAAAUUUUUAUCGGGCGUAUCUGGCACACGCACGUCCCAUUGACACAUGCACUUCUUCGGUUCCGACGUUGCACUCAGAAGCAGAAGUUUCUAAGCUGGAACGUCAAGUGCGUAUUUGGAGUCCGGCCUCACAUGCGAUGUGGACUGUGUGGGGUAUCGUACAAGCGCAGGACAAUUUGGAAAGAGGAGAACUGGAACCGGAGUUUGACUACUUAGCUUACGCGACAUGUCGCAUGGAAGGAUUCAUCAGAGAGCUAUCAGAACUUGGCGUUCAGUAGGGUUUCAGUUCCUCGCAACUAUCAUAGACCCUAUAAUUCGAGAAGUUUUGCAUACGGCCUUCCAUGACGCCACUGCUGAGCGCUAAUUAGGUCUCAGCAUUCAAGAGCUCAUAGGUGUUGUGGACACCACAUACUUCGGCAAUGUCUGUGGCACGCUCCUGGAGGCCGCGCCUUGUAUAACAUCCUCACGCAUCCUGUAAACUCUCGGAUUGUUUUUCCUGAGCUCCCUGGAGACGAGUCCGUGUGCCCCUGACAAUGAUUUGUUGUGCAUUCUGG